UUAUCUGACAGCUGAUAUGUUGAGCGUCCUUUAAUAUCUGUUCAGUUAAGCUUCUCUAAUAUCCCUCUGCUCGUGCACAUAUGUUAUUGAGGCACGCAUCUCGUUGUGUUGGUCGUGGAGGCGCUGUGUGAUGAGGCCGCGGAGGAGGUGGGUUGAGUUUGCGGUGAGCAGCAGAUCUCUCCUCCUCUCUCCGCCGGGGAAACAACAGUGUGUAGCGGCAGCAGGCGGCACCACGGCACUCUAAUGGCUGAAGAGGCCAAAAAACUGGCAGCUUAUGCUGCUGUGGACAACCACAUACAGAAUAAUCAGGUAGUUGGAGUGGGCAGUGGCUCAACUAUCGUCUAUGCUGUGGAUAGGCUGGCUGAGAGGGUCAGACAGGAGAAGCUGAAUAUCGUGUGUGUUCCCACGUCUUUUCAGGCCCGUCAGCUGAUUCUGCAGCACGGUCUCACUUUGUCUGAUUUAGACAGGCAUCCUGAGCUGGAUGUAGCGAUUGAUGGAGCCGAUGAGGUUGAUGCUGCUUUGACGCUGAUUAAAGGAGGAGGAGGAUGCUUAACCCAGGAGAAGAUUGUAGCUGGCUGUGCCAAACACUUUAUUGUCAUUGCAGACUAUAGAAAGGACUCGAAGGCUCUGGGGCAACAGUGGAAGAAAGGUGUGCCGGUGGAGGUCAUUCCCAUGGCGUAUGUGCCUGUGUCCAGAGCCAUUGCCCGGCGCUUUGGAGGAGAGGCUGUGCUGAGGAUGGCAGUCAGUAAAGCUGGUCCAGUGGUUACUGAUAACAGUAACUUCAUCCUGGAUUGGAAGUUUGAGCAUGCAGAGAACUGGAAAGAAGUCAACACAGCCAUCAAGAUGAUCCCAGGUCAGUACAGAUGAAAACCUUUUC